AUGGUGGCCCUGCACACAAACGUGUAUAUCCUCACACUCACGUCGCUCAACGACACGUUUCUCGAGAAGAACCUCGCGAUCCCGUUUGCUCCCGACUCGCUCAAGCUCGGUAGACCCGCAGGAUCUAAGGUGCUUCCGAAAAAGGACAAUGGGUUCUUUGAUUCACGGGUUUUGUCGAGAAACCACGCCUCCUUCCAAGUAGACCCCGCCAGCGGCAAGAUCUGCAUCACAGACUUGGGUUCUUCCAAUGGUACGUUCAUCAACGGCGAUAAGAUUGUCGAGCCACAUGAGGUCAAGAUCGGCGAUCAGAUCGACUUAGGGUUUGACAUCGAAAUGACCCAGAACCACAAAAAGAUUAGCGCUGUCGUGGAGAACAUCCAGUUGCGGCCCUUGACCUCUCAACGCGAACUUAUUUUCACCUCCCACCCCAGCCGUGGUGUAAACGGCGCCCAGAUGGAUGAGCUAGCAUUUGACAACGCCUUGUUU